CCUUCCCCGCGCUGCUCGGGGCGCCGCGGCCCUUCCCCGCCCCCCCUCCCCGCCGCGCCGGGCCGCAGGGCGCGGCCUAAACCCGGCGGCCCGGCCUGAGGCGCGGCCCCGAGGCGGGGCGGGGGGCGGUGGCGCCCCGAGCAUCCCGCAGGAAAACACUCCCCCUGUGGGUGGGUGUUGGUGAAAAUGGGGGACACAAGAGACAUCUGUCCUCACCUGGAUUCCAUAGGAGAGGUGACCAGGGAUGAUCUGCUACUCAAAUCCAAGGGGACUUGCCAGUCUUGUGGAGCUGUGGGACCAAAUCUCUGGGCUUGUCUUCAGAUUGGUUGUCCUUAUGUUGGCUGUGGGGAGUCCUUUGCUGACCACAGCACACUUCAUGCACAGGCCAAAAAGCACAACUUGACGGUGAAUCUGACCACUUUCCGCAUCUGGUGUUACGCUUGUGAAAAGGAGGUGUUCCUGGACCAGCGGCUGGCAGCGCACACGCACUCCCCGCCAGUAAAGUUCACUGAACCGGAUUCUCCAUUGCCUGCUCACCCUUUGAAAGCUGUUCCAAUUGCAGUGGCUGAUGAAGGUGAAUCUGAAUCAGAGGAUGAUGAUUUGAAACCAAGAGGCCUUACUGGAAUGAAAAAUCUUGGGAACUCCUGCUACAUGAAUGCAGCACUUCAGGCUCUCUCUAACUGCCCACCUCUCACUCAGUUUUUUCUGGAAUGUGGCGGACUGGUCCGUACAGAUAAGAAACCAGCACUGUGCAAAAGUUACCAGAAGUUGGUGUCUGAGGUUUGGCAUAAGAAACGCCCGAGUUACGUUGUUCCAAGCAGUCUAUCCCAUGGAAUUAAACUCGUCAACCCCAUGUUCCGGGGCUAUGCACAGCAGGACACUCAGGAGUUCCUGCGGUGCCUGAUGGAUCAGCUUCACGAAGAACUGAAGGAACCAGUUGUUGCGGAGACGAGGGAUUUGGAUAUCGGUGACCAGGAUGACAAGCGAGAGGGUGACCGAAGUCCUUCGGAGGAUGAGUUCCUCUCCUGUGACUCAAGCAGUGACAGGGGUGAAGGAGAUGGUCAAAGUCGGACCACAGGGACCAUGGGCAGCAGCUCCCUGGCAGAGACAGAGUUGUUGAUCCAGGAUGAAGCAGGGAGAGGGAUCUCUGAGAAAGAGAGGAUGAAGGACAGAAAGUUCUCCUGCAGCCAUCGGCGCAGCAACUCAGAGCAGGUGGAUGAGGAUGCAGAUGUUGAUACUACUAUGAUGCCAGUUGAUGGUAGAGCCUCACCUGAGAUGCUGCCAGCUCCCCGUCCUGCCAGCCCAUGUAGGACACCAGAACCUGACAAUGAUGCCUACGUGCGCUGCUCCUCACGCUCCUGCAGUCCAGUCCAUCAUGAAAUGCACUCCAAACUCUCUAGCAGUCCUCCUCGCUCCAGUCCUGCCAGGCUUGGACCUUCCUACAUACUCAAGAAAGCCCAGAUGCAAGCUUCUGGGAAAAAGAAGAAAGAACUUCGUUAUCGUAGUGUGAUUUCUGACAUCUUUGACGGCUCCAUUCUCAGCCUGGUGCAGUGCCUCACCUGCGACAGAGUUUCUAAGACAGUGGAGACGUUCCAGGACCUGUCACUCCCAAUCCCAGGGAAGGAGGACUUGGCCAAGCUGCACUCUGCCAUCUACCAAAAUGUGCCAGCUAAGACAGGGGCAUGUGGGGACAACUAUGCCUCACAAGGCUGGAUUGCUUUCAUCAUGGAGUACAUCCGGAGAUUUGUGGUGUCCUGUAUCCCUAGCUGGUUUUGGGGUCCUGUUGUGACACUGGAGGAUUGCCUUGCUGCCUUUUUUGCAGCGGAUGAGUUGAAGGGGGACAAUAUGUACAGUUGUGAACGGUGUAAAAAACUGCGGAAUGGAGUGAAGUACUGCAAAGUCCUCCGGCUACCAGAGAUUCUCUGCAUCCACUUGAAACGGUUCCGGCAUGAGGUGAUGUAUUCCUUCAAGAUCAACAGUCACGUCUCCUUUCCCUUGGAAGGGCUGGAUCUGCGACCUUUCCUAGCCAAGGAGUGUGUCUCCCAGAUCACCACCUACGAUCUCCUGUCAGUCAUCUGUCACCAUGGUACAGCAGGCAGUGGGCAUUACAUAGCCUACUGCCAGAACGUGAUCAACGGCCAGUGGUACGAGUUUGAUGACCAGUACGUCACUGAAGUCCAUGAGACUGUGGUACAGAAUGCAGAAGCCUAUGUCUUGUUCUACAGGAAAAGCAGUGAAGAAGCUGUGCGAGAGCGUCAGAAAGUUGUGUCCCUUGCCAGCAUGAAGGAGCACAGUUUACUCCAGUUCUACAUCUCUCGAGAGUGGCUCAAUAAAUUCAACACCUUUGCUGAGCCUGGUCCCAUCACCAAUCACACCUUUCUGUGCUCUCAUGGAGGGAUCCCUCCUAAUAAAUACCAUUACAUCGAUGACCUGGUUGUGAUUCUGCCCCAAAAUGUGUGGGAAUAUCUCUACAACAGGUUUGGAGGUGGCCCUGCCGUGAACCAUCUGUACGUGUGCUCGAUUUGCCAAGUGGAGAUUGAAGCACUUGCCAAACGCAGGAGAAUUGAAAUCGACACCUUCAUCAAGCUGAACAAGGCUUUCCAGGCAGAGGAGUCUCCAAGUGUCAUCUACUGUAUCAACAUGCAGUGGUUCCGUGAGUGGGAAGCCUUUGUCAAGGGCAAGGAUAACGAGCCUCCCGGACCAAUUGACAACAGCAAGAUCGCGCUCACGAAAGCAGGUGGCCACAUGCAAGUUAAGCAGGGUGCCGAUUACGGGCAGAUUUCGGAGGAGACGUGGAUUUAUUUAAGCACGCUGUACGGAGGGGGCCCGGAGAUUGCUAUCAGACAGAACGUGGCCCAGGUCCAAGAACUGGAAAACCUACACGGGGAGCAGAAGAUUGAAGCGGAGACGCGGGCUGUGUGACCUGUGCGGGACGGGGCAGGGAAGAGGACAAAGCUGGAAGAUGAGUCCUCCUUCCCCACGGCUUCCCGCCGUACUCUCCCUGCCAAAGCUCCCGGCAGCUCUGCAGCUGUGGGACGCGGCCUUGCCGGGGGUCAGGCGGCUCCCGGGGCGGCACACGAGCUCCUCAACCCCGAGCUGCUCCGGGCGGGCUUCGCCGGAGCGGGACACAGGAUGGUUCUGCUGCAGCCUUCGGGAUCCCCAGUUGGUAACCCCCUUCUCCUCCCGACCCUGCUGGAAGCCCGGAGCCAUCCCCACCUCUGUCCCAAGGAGCGGCGGGUGCGGGGGGGAGGUGGGAGCCGCCUUUUCAGCUGGGUCACCCUGGGGCAGGGCCUGGCUGAGCAGGUCCCAGGCUCCUGAAGCAGCUUUUUAGGAACGAGCUGCUUCCUGCAACCAAGCCCCCACCCCUGUGCCGAGGUCAUUCCAGCUUCUCAACACAGAUGUCAUUAGUGUACACAGUGGCUCAUUUAAUGAACGGAAAUGAAUUGCUCCCCAAUCUACUGCCUCUAACUCAGCCAAGGAACAUCUGCGAGCGGGCAGUGGAGACAGGCAUGAAGACAAAAAAAAAAGCUAAACACUACUUUUCUCAGCAGGGAUAUUCUUGAAGGUUCUUUGUUCACCUCAAGCCAGGAAGGCACUAGUUAAAUUCUUGCAAGCGUUUGAGUGUAAUUUAAUAGAGGCAGAGCAGGGCAGAGGUGGCCUCAUGGGCUGAGGAACCAAACUGGGUGCUCAGGGUGCUGGAACCUGGAACCGGAGCGACUCCACAGCCCCGAGUCUGGCUGUGGUGGUUCCCGGCUCCACACGGGGCUGGGACCCCCAGCUCCUCCCAGGAAAGAGGGAACGGGGGAGGGGAAGGCGCCUCUGACAUACAGAUAGAAAGGGGAAAAGGGUGUAGGACAGAAAAGAAAAAUGUGGCCUUCAGAUUUUUUUUAAAGACCAAACGUUUGCUGCAAACAGCAACUUCUUUAAAAAAAAAAUAUCUGUAAAUGGUUCAGCACGUUAAUUUUAACUACCCUGUUCAGUGGAUGCUUGUAUAUACCCAGCCAGGCCCGCGGGGAGGUCAGGGAAUGAGCCACUGUUGGGAUGUCUCAUUGUUUUAAGCCGUCUUCGUUAGCCACUGCAGCCGCCUUCGAAUCUGCUGCAGAGCCCGUGGGGCUGCAUGUCUGUGUUGUCCGUGCCGGUCCGAGGCUGCUGUACAGAUUGUAAUAACGCUCCUGUGCUUAAGUGUUAAACUUUGUGCUGAAAAUGUGUUACAAUAAAUACACGUGCAUUCAA